GUUCGAACGAUGAUCAGCUUCAUUCGCAUUUGGCUUCGUCCUCAACUCCGCAUCGUCGUCGUCAAAGUAAUGUAAUAACACAGGCCGAUCACGAGCCGUGUCUAGGUGAAGCUAGCGCGUGUGCUCGCUAGCCGGUGGAGAGCUUUCCAACGCUUGAACUUUGAAACAAGGCCAAGCGGUUUUGCGUCAGCCGGUUGAUCUUCAGAGGUAGAGGACCAGGAGGCUUUUAUUUUCUCAAGUCGCAGCCAAAGAUGAUAACGACUGAUCACGCGAACGAGCGUGGAUCUUUUCUAUUUUUCUUUUAUCCCGGUGAAUCUGAACUCGCACUCUCAGAAAAGCAAUCGUAUCGAUAAAUUUUCCAAUUGGCAUUCCACUCUCGUCGAAUUCGAACCUUCUACUUUAGGCGCAACUUCUAUUUGAGAGCAAUCUCUUUGCGAGGAAUUUGUUUCUUUUCUUUACAUCGGUGAACUUGCUGGACGCCAGGCCUUGGUUUUAUCGCCAGAAGAGAGAAAAUUCUACAAUCACGCACGUGUAUCGUGCGCUGCACGAUAUCAGAUGCGUCACUCUCUAACCGUGUGCAGCGUGGAAAACACUCACUGCGUCACAGAGAAUAGUGACCCUUUCUUUCUGCGAAGUUUUAAAUCGAAAUGGAAAUUUACUUCGGUGUGAACGGCCUUAAUGUAAAUUCUCUCCCGGGGUUACCAUUGUGCUGUUUCGUUAUCAUACAUCGUUCAUUUUACGAAUAUUAUUAUACGUUUCGUAUAAAACACUUUGGGAUUUCGUUAGAACGAAUGGAAAUGCAAUUAUCGCGAUUACAUUGCUAAAAUUUGAAUAUAUAUAGGAUCUACGCAACGUGAAUAUUUAAUUAUUCAAAAAGUUCGUAUGAAUUUCCACCAAAUAAUAAAGUGUUAGUUGAAUAAAUUCGGUUCUUGGCAAGAAAGCAAUAGAAACGUCGAAAGGUUCUCUUCACUGAAACAUCUUAGCUAGAGUGUUCUUCUUUGCAUCUCUCUCAUUCAAAAAACGAAAACAAUCUGUUAUUUAUUGUACUAUACUGUAUUGUACUACAUCAUUAUCUAUCGUACAAUCUAUUAUUUAUUGUAAUACGUAAAAACAUAAGAAUCGUAUAAAAAAAUGCAUUAUUCAAAAGAGACGAAAGAGAAGUGCAACUAUAAGAUUUCGAUUAAACCUUCCUCAACCUUCGUUGCCUCGAGUAUUUUCAAAUUUUCCAAUGUAAUCGUAAUAUUUUGACAUUGUUACAAUACUAAUUCAAGUUCAAGAAAUAUUCCCUGCAACACGUAAAAGGCCUCGUACAGGUAUUAAAGUACUCGAUUGUGCCAUGCAAGUACAAUUGAAGAUGACAGAAGGUAUCAAAAGUCGCACGUUAACAAAGAAGCAGGUCGCAGUGACAAACUUGCAACCCCCUUGUGUCGCCCACGACGCAAGAACAAUCGAGCGAAACGGCCGGAAUUGCCGAGAUAAAAGAAGGAACGUAAGUUCGGGUCAAGGUCUUCGACAUUCAACGCAUAGUGGUCGCCAGCACAAAGCGGGUUUCCUUAAACACGCGCGUCUGGUGGCAGGCCACCGAGAAACUUUUUCACGCUUGACGAUCGGCUGAUAACCCUCUAUAUAGCUACCGAUUGAAAGAUAAAUUUUUCUCUCCUUUUCUUUUUUCGAAGGUUCGUUUCGAUUACGUUCUUCGAUCAAUUAAUGGGUCAAUCGAUAUCUAAUAAAGCAGAAGAGAAGAAUGAAGGAAGGAGAAACAAAGUUGAUAAGAUACGAGUAAAGAGAAAAUACAAAAAAAAAAAAAUCAUUAAUUGUAUCGGGGUAACGAUUUGAAAACCGGAUGUCCGAUGUGACAGCAACUGCGCGAGAAUCGAAAGGAGAGAGUCGGAAAAAUCAAGGGUUGGAAACUGGCGUGAACCUUUAGCGAGGGAUUCGAGAUACGUCCAACUUCAAUUGGAUUACAAUUUUGUCUAAUAUGGAAUUUUCAAAAAGUGUAAAGCAACUCGCAACAUCUUUUUUUUCUAAAUAUUCUCUUCUUCUGAAAAGUCUGAAGAGUCUAUCGUCUCGUGAAAUUAAAUCUCUCUAUCAAAGAUCUCGAAUUGUAACGUAUGGGAUUUCAAACAGCGAUUUAUAAAUUUUUGAAAAAUUGUUUUCCUCCAAGAAAAGAAUCCUUCUGUCGCGCAAUUACAUAAUUUUGUAAAAUCUGCACGCUCUUUCUACUUAAUCUACUGUAAACAAUAUCCUUCGUUCAGAAAAAAAUUUCCAACUGUUCGAGUUUCAAAGACACUGAAAACAAUUUAGAAUUCUCAAUAAACUCUCCCAGUCUAGUCUUCCAUCGUUUAAUUACACAAUUCUGUAAAAUCUGCUUUCUUACUUCAGCUGCUACCGAUCACCCUCACUGGCCAAAAGUCCCCAAUUUGCAAACGAUCGUGCUCCAAAGGAACUCGAACCACUUGUUUGAAAUCUGAAUCGCGUGGAACGAAUAAACCAAGCGGCCAUCGCUAGAGCGGCGUGUCCGUACCGGCGGAGUCGGUAGGGUGCGCAAGAGGGUGCAUGUUGCGCGGGCGCACUGUCAGGACUAUCGAUUUCGCGAGCGGAAAGGUGCCAUCACACGGUUGGUCAUCGAUUGGACGUACGUCUAAAAGGAUUGUCGCUGGUGAUCUCCGAAAGACGACAGACGACACUCGACGAAGGAGAAUCUCUCGCCUCGAGGAGCAGAUCGGCAGAUCGUCCAAGGUGGGGCCCCGAAGCCCCGAGGAUCGGUCGGACACACAAGUUCCCCGGACCGUGGAUACUCCGUGCUGAUCGUCGAUUCCCCGUCGAUUCGAUUCGAUUCGAUCCGACGUGUGUCAUCGGGCGAGGGCGAAGAGCGAAGAGUCUGAGGAUAGAGAAGCCAGUCCUCGGCUCCAGUCAUGCAGAACUAUGGACACGAAGACUACGAUUAUGGGGCCGCCGAUGAUGGAUCGCAAGGUACUGGCAGAACGUUGCCGCAGGUGCCAGGCGUUAGGCCCAUGGUCGACCCCCAAGCCCAAGGAGAGGUCGAUCCUAACUUGUAUCCUCAGCCGAAGGAGGCGACGCACAAGAUCCGCGGCAAGAGCGACGUGCUCGAGUACCUGUUCGGUUCUGUCGAUCAGGAAAUGCUCACCGUGAAAAGCUUCUACUUCUUCUUCUACUCGGCCUUUGGCUCUCUCUUCCCCCUGAUGGGUGUCUACUUUAAGCAGAUGGGCAUGAAUGCCGGCCAGUGCGGUCUUUUGAUGGGCCUGAGACCUUUCAUCGAGUUCCUCAGCGCGCCAUUCUGGGGUUCGUUGGCUGACAGGUGGCAGAAGGGCAAGAUGAUCUUUCUCGCCUCGCUCUCUUGCUGGAUCAUCUUCACUCUUCCUCUAGCCUUCAUGCAACCACCGGCCACGUCGUGCCUGGUCAUACGAAACGGCACGGCGUACUUGGAAGCGCCGAAUCCUAAAACGAGGAUAGUCAAACGGUCCGCCACUCUCGACGAUUUUUAUCAUCAGAACGACGAAGAAUGUUUAGAGAUCGCGGACAACGUUGUUUUCGAGAGGCUGCGCAAGGACAGCAAGCUGGAUCCACUGGCGGCUCUCAGUUUGCAAAACAACAGGGGCAGGUUGAACAACAUACGACAGAAUUACGACAACAACAGAGUCCGAAGAGAGGCGCAAGUGGAGACGACCACGACGGAGGACAGCCCCGUUGAAGAUCUCAAGUACAAACAGUUGGUGUUCGAGGAGAACGAUCCCGAAGCUAAAACUAUCGACUUUGAAACCCUGCAAAGGAAAAACCGUCCAGCCGACGUGCUCGAGUACAAGCGUUUUCUCAAUAAUCAACCGUUGGACGAUGGAAGACCACCGAAGAAGGCGUACACGCACACCAAAACCAGGGUGAAACCGCCGCCAACGAAAGUUAUGGUGAAACGUGAUAUCAACGACGAAACUACAAAUGAGAACGAGCAGCUAUCCAAGUUUCGGCGACAAUGGACUACCAUGAAGAUUUUACGGGCGAUAUCAUUGUUAGACGAAGAGGAGGAGGAAGAGGUGAACGAAAGUGAGGACCAAGAUGACGAGGAAGAUGUCGAGGUGCCGUUAGUUAGGAGGAAACGCUAUAUCAGAGUACCUCAUUCCGGCAAGAGUCCUCAUAGCGUCGCCUAUGCUGCGAAUUACAACGAACAGGAGAAUAAGGGUUGGGUAAAACCCCUCUACAGCUCGAUUGUCUAUAGAUUACCGGAUAUCCAGAAAACCUUCUUCCUCUUGUUGCUGCUGGUGAUUGUCGGCGAGUUCUUCUCGGCGCCGGCGAUCACUCUGGCGGACUCGGCUGUCAUUACUUUACUAGGCGAGGACGCGGACAAGUACGGUCAUCAGCGAAUGUUCGGUAGCUUAGGUUGGGGCCUGGCCAUGUUCUUCGUCGGUAUCGCUCUGGAUCAUAGCACCGCGUUCUCCGAGCAUCCGUGCGGCCCAGACGCAAGGGAAAAGAACUAUACGAUGUGCUUCGCGACCUUCAGCGUCCUCAUGGGCGCCGCCCUGAUCACUGCCACGCAGAUCAACUUCAAGUACGACUUCCCGGUCACGGAGCCGGAAGUGGAGAAGCCUCCUGCCGAGCCGACGAGGGAGGAGCAGCUGCAAAGUCAACUGUCUCAGCAGUUGAAUCUACCCAGCCUUCAGGACUCGUCUGCGGCGGUGAAUCUGAAGCCACAACCGCCUGAAGGCAAGACGAAAAUGUUCGCUCAAACGAUGCGAGAGAUCCCGGAAUGGGUGACCGUGUUGAAACAAUUCAAGGACCUCAAAUGCGCGUCGUUCCUCUUCGUCGCGUGGUUCAUGGGUUUCGGUAUCGGGCUGAUUUUCACCUUCCUCUUUUGGCAUCUUCAGGAUUACGGUGGCACGCCGACUUUGUUCGGCGUCGCCUCUGUGAUCAAUCACAUUUCCGAGAUAUUCGCUUACUUCUUCAGCUUUAAACUGAUCCGUCAAAUCGGCCACGUAAAGGUGUUGUGCAUGGGACUGGGCGGGAACGUGUUCCGUUUCCUUUAUAUAUCUUGGCUAACGACUCCGUGGUGGGUGUUGCCGUUCGAGUUCAUUCAGGGAAUAACUCACGCGGCCGUUUGGGCCGCGUGUUGCAGCUACAUCGCGCACAACACGCCUCCGCAAUUGCGCACCAGCGCGCAGGGUGUUCUCCAAGGUAUCCAUCACGGUCUUGGCAGGGGAUGCGGAGCUGUGAUCGGUGGAAUGUUCGUCGACGCUUACGGGACAACUGCGACAUUCCGAGCCUACGGCCUCUUCUGUAUCGUCGUUCUUGGCGCGUUCGUGUUCAUCAACUUCUAUAGAAAGGACACAGGCUUCGUCUCCGAGUUGCCACAGACGGAGGAUCCUCAUCAAGUAGCCGAAGCGACCCACUUGGCACCGCACGGUGUACCUAGCAACGCCAUUCCUCGUGCUCUCAGCUCUACUCGGUUGCACGAGUUGGCUAAUCAGGAUUCGGGUUAUGGUGCUACUUAUCAAGCCGGCGAUAGUCUCAAUGUGCCAGGUGCGAAUGGAGGUCCAAUGAACCCGACGAAUCCAUUUCUGAACACCGGAGGCGGCGGCGGAGGUGGAUAUAAUUACGGUAUGACUGGCAAUGGCGAGGACGAGUAUAUCCGUAGGAGCUUCCAGCUCUACAAUGAGGUGAUCAACAGGGAAUUCGAGCUGGCUAAGCCACCGCCGAUAGUGACCCAUCUACACGCUCAACAACCAUGCACCAAUCCCUUCCAUCAGCACGACUACGAGUGGUAACAGUCCGGGACGUUCGAUCCCACUUGAGGUGAUCAGGAUGCUCAUGGAACGCUGAUCGGUAACCGGCUCGUUCUUUGGAGUACCAAGAACGAUGGACCAGCUU